GUGCUUGCUCGAACAAGACCGACAUUCGCCGUCGCGCUCGCACUAGUAGCGCGUAAAAAUAACCUCAAAAAGACGAAACCUCCGAUCGAGAAGCAAGAAAUCGUCCGUCUAUCGCAUAUUACUCGUAAUUAUCAACGUAGACAGUGACUAAAAUCCAGGAUUCGAGUGUGGUGCGAGUGGUGAAAUAAAAAGAAGACGGAGAAAUUGUUUGUGUGUAAAUCGUGAGAGAUUCUCGAUACCUAUCGAAAGUUACUUCGGAUUGAAAUAAUGUUCAUUUUGGAGGGCUGUCGACGGGCAGCCCCCAAAUUUUGUGCCAAUAUGUGGUGGUACUUGGUAUUAUGUGCUGUUUAUUUCAAAACAAUUGGAGUGUCCGCUAACAACACCACUGGAGUCCUACCUGGCAACGUGUGCACGGCGAAGCAGUUUCAAUGUGCGAACGGGAAGUGCAUAUCGCUCGCGUGGGUGUGCGAGGGAGAGAACGACUGUGGCGACAACUCCGACGAAAACAUCGCCGAAUGCAAAAAAGAGAGCCGUACCUGCACAACAUCAGAGUUCCGCUGCAAGACCGGCCGCUGUAUACCCAUGUCCUGGAGGUGUGACAGCGAGAAGGACUGCUCCGAUGGCUCCGACGAGGAACCCAGCAUAUGCAGCUCGAAGCGCGACUGUCCAGCGCACAAUUUCGUUUGUGCCAAUGGACAGUGUAUACCCGGAGCUUGGCACUGUGACGAUUCCCCGGACUGUGCAGAUGGAUCCGACGAGCACAGCUGUGAAGUGGAGGCUUGCGGCCCAGAGGAGUUCACCUGCAGAGGGAAGUACGGGGAGUGCGUUCCUCUCACGUGGAUGUGCGACGACAACAUGGAUUGCACGGAUGGCUCCGACGAGAAGGCUUGCAACGAGACCUGUCGGUCCGACGAGUUCACGUGCGGCAACGGCAAGUGCAUCCAGCAGCGAUGGGUGUGCGACGGCGACGACGACUGCGGCGACGGGACCGACGAGGUCAAGUGUCCGACGCCGACCUGUCAGCCCAACAGUCACUUCUCGUGUGCCGACGGACACUGUGUGUCGGCGAGAUGGCGGUGCGACGGCGAUAUAGACUGUCCGGAUGGAAGUGAUGAAACGGGUUGCUCCACAACUCCCAAGAUCACCUCCCCAUGCAUCGCCACGGAAUUCGAGUGCCGCGACCGCAUGACGUGCGUCCACCGCGCCUGGGUCUGCGACGGGGACAAGGACUGCCCCGACGGGGGUGACGAGGCCCCGGAGAUCUGCCGGGGCAACGUCACGUGCAGGCUCGACCAGUUCCAGUGCAAGGACCACAGCUGUAUCCCCGGGGCGCUGUACUGCAAUGGGGACAAGGACUGUCCGGAUGGCAGCGAUGAGUUGAAUUGCACGCGUCCAAGACCUCUAUGCGACAAGAAGACAGAAUUCGAUUGUGGUGGUGGCAUGUGCAUACCGAUAUCGAAGGUCUGCGACAAGCACCCCGACUGUCCAAACUUCGAAGAUGAACCUGCCAGCCGAUGCGGUGAAGACGAAUGCGCCAAAAACAACGGCGGAUGCUCGCAAAAAUGCGUCGACACUCCCGUCGGGUACUACUGUGACUGCGAAAAGGGAUAUAAGCUGGUAGACAACAACACCUGUCAAGACAUCGACGAAUGCAUGGACCCAGGGGCGUGUUCACAAAUCUGCAUCAACGAAAAGGGAACCUUCAAGUGCGAAUGCCACGAGGGCUACGCCAGGGACCCCCGAGAUAGGACCAGAUGCAAGGCCACGGAAGGUCAUCCUUCCCUCCUCUUCGCCAGGCGAUUCGACAUCAGGAAAAUCAGUCUGGAUCACCACGAAAUGGUCGCUAUCGUCAACGAAACUAAAUCCGCCACUGCUUUGGACUAUGUGUUCAGAACUGGAAUGAUAUUUUGGAGUGAUGUCACCGAUGAGAAAAUAUACAAAGCGCCUAUCGACGAAGGCAGCCAACGGACAGUCGUGAUAGGCGACCAGCUGAUCACAUCAGACGGGCUGGCGGUGGACUGGAUCUACAACCAUCUGUACUGGACUGAUACCGGCAAGAACCACAUUGAGCUGUCCGACCUUCAGGGCAACAUGAGGAAGAUUCUGAUCAGGGACAAGCUAGAGGAGCCUAGGGCAAUCGCGCUUAAUCCUUUAGAUGGCUGGAUGUACUGGACGGACUGGGGCCAGGUGCCGAAGAUCGAGCGCGCGGGGAUGGACGGCUCGCACCGGCAGACUAUCGUGUCGUACGAUGUGAAGUGGCCCAAUGGUCUAACCUUGGAUCUUGUGAGGAAACGAGUGUAUUGGGUGGACGCGAAACUGAAUACGAUAUCGUCUUGCAAUUACGACGGGAGCGGUCGCCGGGUAAUCCUGUACUCGACGGACGUGCUGCGCCAUCCGUUCUCCAUCACCACCUUCGAAGACUGGGUGUAUUGGACCGACUGGGAUAAAACCGCAGUGUACCGCGCCAACAAGUUCAACGGGAAAGAUGUCGUCGCUAUCACGUCUACGCAUACGCUCCAGAACCCCAUGGUGAUCCACGUUUACCAUCCGUACCGGCAGCCGGACGGCGUGAACCACUGCGCCGCCGUCAACGGCCACUGCUCCCACCUGUGCCUCCCCGCGCCCCGCAUCGGCGCCCACUCCCCGCGGGUGUCGUGCGCCUGCCCCACCGGUUUACGACUGCUGCCCGAUAACCAGAUGUGCGCGGAAGACAAGACCAUUAAACCAGAUGUGGAGGUGCCCAAAGCUACAAAUGAUACGAUAAAGCCAGUAGUUACGGAAAAGGCUGUGCCCAGUGUACCAGAAUCUACCAAGCCAGGAACAGGAAUCUCAAGCAAUGGCCAGAAUGCCAGCGUUGUGGCUGGUAUCGUGGUAGCCGUUGUCUCCGGAAUCAUCAUUCUUGCUGCUUUGAUCGCGGUUGUUAUGUACCGCCACUACGUGCACAGGAACGUCACUUCCAUGAACUUCGACAACCCUGUCUACCGCAAAACCACUGAGAACCAGUUCGCCCUGGAGCAGAAUGGCUAUGCACCGGGCAGCAAACUAUACCCCAGCACCGUGGGAGAGGAGGCCCAAGAACCGCUCAACACACCCGGUACAAAUGACUUUGUAUAGUGCUCGAGCCGGGAGUAAAUAUGUUAGUAUGGCGUUAAAUGUGAAAAGAAAAAGACGGACCAUGUGAUACAAGUGAACCAGUGCAAACUGUUAGUGCUAUGAACAUUUCAAGGGAUCUCAAAAUGUCGAAUACGGAAUACAUCUUGCUUGUUAUUAGUAUCACAUUAGUGUAUCCGGUUUUUUAGUCUGUGAUAUAUAUCACAUGCUGGACUGGGUUUGUAUUGCGAGAAAUUUUCCAUAUACCCAUAUUGUUUUUCGCUCUUUUGUGGGCUUAUAAACAAAUCUAUUAAUCUUAAAUUAUAAUAUUUUAUAAUGUAUCUUUGAAUAAAUACUAUUGUAAGAAAUAACAAGAACAAACUAGGUUUUAGUUCUGGCAACACAUUCAAAUCUUCUGA